AUGCGUACGAGCGGUAGUGUAGCUCUGUCGCUGCCGGAGCAUAGAGAGUUGCUCUAUAAGGAGGAUUUGCAGGGGGUGCUGGAUGCAGCAGGGGUGGGGAAGGUUGGGGAGGUGCGCGAGUGGGUGGGGGAUGAGAGUAUGGGAGAGAGGAUGGAGGAGGAGGAAAAGGGAAGAGAUAGUGCCAGCAGCGCUGGUAGCACGAGUGCCAACACCACGAGUACCUACACUGACAGCAGCAGCAGCAGCAGCAGCAGCACCACCACCAACAGCAGUUCUAGCAACUCUCUAUCUCGACCACUACAGCUGAAGGAGAUCACUCCAGGGGGUGCUGACGCAGGGGGUGCUAGCGCAGGGGCAGAUGGGGCAGCAGCGGAGGCACUGUGUCCGUCUGAAGGCUUUCAGUCUGCAGUGCAUGAUGCGAUUGAAGGGUACGUUCCUCGGCAUGGGACGUGUGACGAGGUGUUUGCAGCGAACGUGGGGAUGGACGGGUGGGUGGGGGGCGAGCAGGAGAAUGAUAGGGGCGGUAUGGGGGUGGGAGUAGGGGAUGGUGGGACGAUAGACGCUGCACCUGCAGCAGAAGCAGGGGAAGUAGGAGGAGCAGGAGCAGCAGGAGGAGUAGGAUCAGGAACAGGAACAGGAACAGGACCAGCAGAAGUAGCAACAGGGAAAGCAGAAGCACGAGGGGCAACAGUGACAGCAGCAGAAGCUGAGGGGCGAACAGCAGAGCUGCGACCAGCUUUAAAGAAAGCAGUACAUGGUGAGAAGGGCGGGCGGGCAGUAGGCAUGCCGAGGGAGGAGGGGAGACACGUGACCUGGGCGGCAGAUGACAGGCUGGCAGUGGCACAGACUGAAGGGAGGGGAGGAAGAGGGAGAGAAGGGGCGGGUGGGGGAGAGCAAGAACCAGGGAGCGCAGGACAGGAGGAGAGGCGGGGAGAGGGGAGUGUAGCAGGGGAGAGAGGUGGGAUGAAGCGGGGAGGUGGGAGGGGGAAGAAGCAGGGAGCAGUGAGAGAGGGGGCAGUGAGGGAGGGGAGCAGUGGGAUGGUUGACAGAAGCGAGGAUGGCGUGGAGGGGAGAGUAGGGUGGGGAGUGGAGGGAGGGGCAGAGGCAGCAGCAGCGGGUCGCUGUGGAUGGUUUGAGCCUCCUCCCCCUGGCUUCAUGAUGCAGCUCCCCUUUCACUGCUCUCUCCUCAUGGCUCUUCAGGAGUGGGUCACGGCUGACUCACUUUGUCUCAUCUACCCACCACAACCACCAGCACCUUCAGCACCACAACAGCCAGCAGCACAGCAAUCACAGCAAUCAGCAGCACAGCAAACACCAUGUGUGGAAUCAAGCCUGGAAGCAAACGGGUGGGAGUAUCCCGCUCUCCUGGGUUCCGUGAAUGAUCCUGCCAGAGCUGCUGAGAUUCGGAGGACUCUUGGAGAUGGUCUGGGAAGGGAGACGGCAGGAGUGGCGGAAAGUUUAGGGCUGCUGCUGCCUCUGUCGACUGUAGAACAUGCACUGACUCGUCUGCUGGCCACUUUUGCCUUCCGCUCGCCCCUUGCCUCCCUCCGCCGCCCCCACUGGCAACUGCUGCUGCUGCUUCUGCUCGAGGCUCUGUCAGUCAACUGCCUGCCUCCAGCUGCUUCAGAUGCACUCAACACACACCAGCAUCAAGUAUACAAGGUGGGAGCAGCAGCAGGUGUGGACAGGGACAACUACCUCUUGCUCCGGCAGAUGCUGCUUCCCAGGGGGCCUUCAGUUAGCAACCCGAACCAAAACACAAGCGCUGCUGCUUAG